AAAUCUCCAGCAGCACUGCAGCUACCGUAUUAAAGGCGCUCACAGACCGGAGAGCGAGAGAAGACUAGUGCAAAGAGACAUGACUGCAGAGGAGUUAACAAACGAAGGACAGAGCAUUGCCAUCGAGGGAGAAGACAUUACUCCCAAGAAGGAUGGAGGAGUUCUGAAGCUGAUAAAGAAAGAGGGCACGGGCACAGAGCUGCCCAUGACGGGCGAUAAGGUGUUCGUCCAUUAUGUUGGCACUCUGCUGGACGGGACCCAGUUUGACUCCAGUCGGGACCGUGGAGAGAAAUUCUCCUUUGAGCUGGGCAAAGGUCAGGUGAUCAAAGCAUGGGACAUUGGCGUGGCCACGAUGCGGAUUGGUGAGAUAUGUCAGCUGAUCUGUAAGCCAGAGUACGCAUACGGCGCCGCAGGCAGCCCCCCCAAAAUCCCACCCAACGCCACUCUGGUCUUUCAGGUGGAGUUGUUUGAGUUUCACGGUGAAGAUAUUACUGAAGAUGAGGAUGGUGGAAUUAUUCGCAGAAUCGUCACAAAAGGAGAGGGCUACACUAAACCCAACGAGGGAGCAUCUGUAGAGGUGUGUGUGGAGGGUGUGCAUGAGGGGCGAGUCUUUGACCAGCGGGAACUGAAGUUUGAGAUUGGAGAUGGAGAGAGUCUUAACCUGCCCCCUGGAGUAGAGAAAGCUCUGCAAGCCAUGGAGCAGGGAGAGGAGGCCUUAUUCACCAUUAAACCAAAGUAUGGCUAUGGGAGUAAAGGCAAUGUCCAGUUUAACAUUCCAGGUGGAGCUACAUUGCAGUACAAACUCAAACUCAAAGCAUUUGAGAAGGCCAAGGAAUCAUGGGAAAUGAACACAAAAGAGAAACUGGAGCAGAGUAGCAUUGUGAAGGAGAAAGGCACCCAAUAUUUUAAAGAUGGCAAAUACAGGCAGGCAGCUGUGCAGUAUAAGAAAAUUGUUUCCUGGUUGGAACACGAAUCCGGCCUUGAGGGGGAGGAGCAAGAAAAAGCCCGAACACUGCGGUUGGCUGCUCACCUCAACCUUGCCAUGUGCUAUCUCAAACUGCAAGAGGGAAGCCCCGCCUAUGAGAACUGCAACAAGGCGCUGGAGUUGGACGAGAACAAUGAGAAAGCCCUGUUCCGUCGAGGGGAAGCGCUAUUUGUGAUGAAGGAAUUUGAUAGGGCGAGAGCAGACUUUCAACGUGUCACUCAGUUGUAUCCAGCCAAUAAGGCCGCAAAGAGCCAAGUGCUGCUGUGUCAGAAACACAUGAAGGAGCAACACGAGAAAGACAAGCGUCUCUACGCCAACAUGUUCCAGAAAUUUGCAGAGCGAGACGCCAAGAGGGAGGCGGAGCAGCAGAAGGAGAAGAAGGAGAACGGGAGUGAAAUGGAGGUGGAAGAGAACGGGGCCCAGGAACAAACAGCAUAAGACUGUGUGUGUGUGUGUGAGAGAGAGAGAGAGAGUGUGUGUGUGAGAGAGACUGUCUGUGUGUGUGUGU